AUGUCGACUGCCAUGGGCAGACCCAUGGUGGAAGGGUGGCUGUCGAUCGAUAAACUGAUCGAUGCAUCCCUCAGGGUGGAUUUUUCAAGAUUGGGGAUAGGUCCUGGCGAAUGUGUCAAGAUGGCACUAGAGCACGUUGAGGCAGUUGCUGCUACUUCGUGGCUUGUUGUAGAUGUUGGACAGCAAUCAUGUAAUCCAAAAACCAAAAAGCUAGUGGGGUGUUUUGAAAGUCGCAUCCCUGUUCCUCCUUCCUCCUUCCUCCUUCCUGAUGGACUACCAUCCCUUCCCAUCGGGGGUCAGCGUAUGGCGGCGGAGAGGCGAGUGGUGGAGGAAGAAGGGGGCAGCAUGUGGCUGCAAGAAGAUGGUUCUUGGAAGGAAACUGGUGGAAUAACAUGCCGCUCUCUAAAGCAGAUAACGUCAGUCCUGAAGUCAGUGCGAGACCGUGUCUACGUGAGCAUGGACUGGCUGAAGCAUCCCGUCUACCUCCGAUGUCGGGAUGAAAAAAUUCUGAUUGCAGGUAAGGACUGUGAAAGUCAGCAAUGUUUCCCUCAGUACACCCGAGGAGGAUGUCGGGGGGACGCAAAAAUAGAUGGUCAAUCUGUCGUCACUACAGCAGCCACAGAUUCCGAAUUACCUCCUGCUGCUUCAGAUCCACAAGAGACAGACCAUUCAGUAUGCAGUUCCAAUACUCACCGCAGACACUGCAAAGCCCCUGUGGCAGCACGUAGCCUCUCCUCCCAAGAAUCAACUAAUCGUGCUAAUCUAUGCCUACCAUCAGAUUCUGCUACAAUUGAUGAAAAGGAUGAAAUUGUUCCACUUUCAGGAAAGCCCUAUUUCGCAUGUGUUAUGACAAAGUCUCAAGUGCAGGCCCCCUUUCAACUGACGAUUCCAAAGAGCAUUUGGAUGCUACUUCCAUUUGCCUGUGUUCCUGUGGUCCUCUCUUACCGAAACAAGACUUGGGAGAUGAGAUACUAUGGUGAUCGAAACUUGAGAAGAUUUGAUAGUGGAUGGAAACAUUUUGCGGUCGACAACAAUCUAAAGAUCGGAGAUGCUUGCUUUCUUGAACUAAUGGACGAUCAGCACUUGAAGUUUCAAGUUCAAAUUCUCCGAGGAGACAUCCCGAGAGAAAUUGUGGAAAGUGGCUGCAGUUUUGACACUCCUAUCAUGAUUGAAUAGGAUCAUUAGCUUGAGAAUAUGCAAGUCAUGAAUUUCAGGUACUGCCGUUGUGUGCUUGUAAAUAAAACACGUACGUUUUGGAUCUCCUAUCUUAUAAAAAUAUCUUACAUUUAUGU